AUGUCUGAAAUUCAAGAAGUAGCAAAUCAGAUCAGAGGGAAGCUGAGAUACAAAAAUGAGCGUGAUUUAAUAAUAUAAUCCUAUAUGUUGGGAAUUUUGCAAGGUAGAAAUAAAUAGGCUUCAUAAGAUGUAUUUCUAUCAAAUUUAGAAAUCAUUAUGAGCUUGAAUAUGCUAAUAGACAUAAAAGUAUACAAACCUGAAAGGGUCUAUAAGCUAUACAAUGAUGCAUUGAGAGGACCUUUCGAUUUAAACGAAUUAUGUAUUUAAUUAGAAAGAGAAGUUUUUGAAAGUCAAAACUCUUAAGAGGAUACUCAACUUACAUAGAUGUUCAAAUCAAAUAAUUAAGCUUAGAUAUCUCAAAUUUUCCCAUAGCAAUAAAAUUUAAAAUAAUAAACCUAAUCACUCUGGAAUGAGGACUCAUAGCCUUCUAUUUUAUUCCCACUUAGAGGAUAAUUAGAAUCAUAAGGAUUCAAUCAAAUAUAAAAUGCUUCAAUCAUAUAUUAAUAGUUAAAAAAAGAUACAGCUGAUGAAUCAAAAAGCUUUGAAUUAGCAUUGUAAUUGCAAAAAUAAUUUGAAGAAGAAUAAUAAUAAUUGGAACAGCUUAAAUUAUAGUAAAAUUAUGAGGAAGAGUAAUAAAUAUUAGAAGAUGAAAGAAAAAAUUAGAUUGAAUGCAAAAUUUGCCUGGACAACAUAUAAUUUACAGAGAUGGCCACUUUAUAUUGUUCACACAUAUUUCACUAGAAAUGUUUAAAUUAAUAUUGCACAACAUAAAUUUCAUCUAGAUAAUUCCCCAUUUUAUGUCCAUCUGGAUGUAAAAAGAACAUCAUCUAUUCAGAUUUAACUGAAGUACUAGAUGAUCAAUAAUUAAUGGAAUUUCAAUAAUUAACUUUUAAGACCUAUAUUGAAAGCCACGGAGAUGAAUACUCAUGGUGUCCAACUCCAGACUGUUAAUUUGUAUUUGUUGCAGGAGACAAUCCUAGAUUGGAUUGUCCUGUCUGUUAGAAAUCAUAUUGUUUAGAUUGUAAAAUUGAAUAUCAUAAUGGAUUUUCAUGCUAGGAAUUUAAAGAAAAAAGGCUAUUGGAAUCUAAAUUAAAAAAUGAAAAAUAUCUUGAUGAGAAAUUCUUUAGUUUCAUAAAAGGAGCCAAGUAUAAAUAAUGUCCCAAAUGUAAAUUUUGGGUUGAAAAAAGUGAAGGAUGCAAUCAUAUGACAUGUAGGUGUAAAUUUGAAUUUUGUUAUGUUUGUGGAGGAAUUUAUUAGAAAUGUGAGUGCGUCAAAAAUGUCCAUGCAAAUUGGCCAACACCUUUAAAUAGAUUUAGAAACAGGCAUAGAUGA